AUGUCAUCGUCAGCUAUUGAUCAACACAAAAUUAGUACACCUGGUAAAACUAGUGAAGUAGUCGAAGCAGCUAUUGAACAAUCACCUAAUCGUCCACCACCUGCUGGUGGUGCUACAUCGUCUCAAAAUGAAACUGCACCAUCGGAUAAUGUUGUUACCGCUAUAUAUCCAUUUGGUUUAAAUAUAAAAUUAAAAACAAGAAAAAAUACCUGA